GUCAUAGGCGGCUUUGAAAUCAAUGAAGAGAUGGUAGGAGUUGAGCUGUUGCUCCGCAAGACUUGUCGAGUAAUAACGCGUUGUGUGUGAUAACGUGACUAACUAUGAAGGGCCUCAACGAAGGAAAGGGGAAAGUCCGUUAUACAAAAUGUCAGCAAGAGAAACUUGUGGAAAUAAUGGAACGAAAUCCCGAGGUAGCAAGAGGUGCGACUUCCAAUCCUACAUCAUUCUGGAAGGAUGUGGCUUUGGAACUCAAUUCAAUGGGACCGGCUGUGAAGGAUGGAGCAGCAUGGAAAAGGACAUGGACAUCUAUCGCGAAGCCAGUCGAUAAAAAUAAACCACUGGUUUGGUUAUAUCGACCAAUAAAUUAAUCUACUCGAAUUGGCAUCGCGAACGCCUACCGCUCACGAGUCGAUAAGAAGAUAACGAUCGAUAUAAAUACUGAUCGAGUAGUUACGCUAUCUGUCAAAUUGGCUGUCAAAUCUCUGGUUUGUUUACAAAUAGCAACACAAGAUUGUUAUUGCUAGUGGGAAAAGUUUGGUUAAAACUGUUUAAUGCAUUAUUUUUCACGGAUGAUGGUGAUGAUGAUCAUACAAAUCUUGCAGCAUACCGAAGGCAUUUGUUACCUGGCAUUUUGAAUUACCAGAUAAAACGUAAGUGAAAACAUGUGUGGUGGAAGUGACCAUCGAUUGCAUUGAUACGUGGAAGGAUGCUAAGAGGUGUACACCCUGAAGACGGAGCGGGCAGUGGUUUACAGUAUGGCUAGUCAGGUGGUUACGGGCUCUAGUUCCCGGAGAAGCGCACACUGAACUUUGAUGAAAAUCCUUCCGAAGGGUGUCGCAGAGCGCGUGUCGUAUGUCGGGUUCGCGCGUGGCCCGGUAUUAGGAGAUUGAGUGUUCCGUUGGUCAUUACGUUAGUGGUAGCUUGCCAGCAACUUAAAUUAUGCGUGUUGUGUACUAAUCCUUGUUGGAUGAACAGCCGUUGCCUAUUUUUAUAAGUGUUCAUGAUUUUAAGUUUUUCAAUAUUAUUACAUUACAUGUUGAUUGUUUAGAUUUAUUCAAAAUUCGUAAUUCAUUAAAAUUCUCGGCAAAAUCAUGAUAAAUAUAAUUUUCAGCAUUUUUUUUUCCUUUUACGACCUAAUAAAAUCGUUAAAUUUACUAGAAAAAUUUUGACAUAGCACAU